AGUGAUACAAUCCCAACCACCCAUCCUCGCACCCCUCGGAACAGACCCAUUCCCCCCGCACCUAACACCAACGCGCGCCGAGUGGUGUCAGUCAGGCUAUAAUCCACUCAAGUCAGCGAGGUUGAAAACCGCGCCGUGGAAUCCGCCGCAGUACCGUGUUUGCCGUUUUUCGCGGGUUCUGGUUUUACUGGUUCCGCGCGUCGUUCGUCGGUCGUCGCGCCCUGCCCUUCGUGCGCGCCGCAGCAAUCACGGAAACUUGACCGUAUGUAGCAGGGAGAGCACCACCAAUCGAGUUAUUGUUGUUGUUGUUGUUGUUGUUGUUGUUGUUGCUGUUGUUGUUGUGUGUCAGUGCACAAGGACAGGAGAUCUGAAAAACGCGCGCGCCAAAUAAUAUCAAAAUCCACAUUGCUGUAUCGAAGAAGCGGUGGAAGACGAAGAAGAAGCUGUUUAAAGCGGAAGAAGCAGAAGAAGAGAAGCGCCGAGCACAGGAGAGCAUCAGCAGUGAAGAAGUAGUGUAGUGAAGUGUUCACUAAAAGUGAGUGUGUUUGCCUCAGAGCGAUGAGAAGCGCAAGAAUUACAGGCAAAUAAAAGGUCGUCAUAAUAAUAACAACAGCAGCAACAAGAAGAAGAAGAGAAGAGAGUGGCAAUCGUAAUAAUAAAGAGCAAAGAGAAGAAGGAGCAGCAACUGCGGCAGCACCCUCUAGUAAUAAUAGCAGCAAAGCAGCAGUAACAACAAAACCGGAGUGAAAGAGAAACUCGUCACAAUGAGGGCCACUGCUCGACAAAAAUAACCUUUCACCCACCAACAUCAUCGGCACGCAACGGGAAAGGAAGAAGUAGUGCGUACAAAAGGAGUAUUCAUGUGGUGCAAUAAACGCCAGUGUUGAAACAAAGUGUACAAUCGAGCAGUCUGAUGCAUUUCUUCGUCAGUUGCUGAUUCUAUACCAGAGAGAAAAAAAAAGUAGUGCAGUGAAUAGAAGAAAACAAAUCCACAUAGCCAUAGUAGUUGGUGGUAGAGUUUGCAAAGUUGAACCGCCGAAGUCCCAAAAUCCCCGCCAAAAUACGUCACCCGCAAUAGCAACAUGAUGCCGAAACGAUCCCGUUUGGGCGAUGUUCGCGGUCCAAUCUCGAAUGGACCAUUGCAGUCGCGGCCGUUGGUUGCACUGCUGGACGGCCGGGACUGUUCGAUCGAGAUGCCAAUACUGAAGGACGUUGCCACAGUCGCGUUUUGCGACGCACAGAGCACAUCGGAGAUUCACGAAAAAGUAUUAAACGAAGCAGUGGGAGCACUGAUGUGGCACACAAUCAUCCUCACAAAAGAAGAUCUGGAAAAGUUCAAAGCGUUACGGAUAAUCGUCCGCAUCGGCAGCGGAGUCGACAACAUCGAUGUGAAAGCUGCCGGCGAGCUGGGCAUUGCCGUGUGCAAUGUGCCGGGCUAUGGCGUCGAAGAGGUCGCCGAUACCACCAUGUGUCUGAUCCUAAACCUUUACCGGCGGACGUACUGGCUAGCGAAUAUGGUGCGGGAAGGCAAAAAGUUCACAGGACCAGAACAAGUGCGGGACGCAGCGCAGGGCUGCGCGAGAAUACGAGGAGACACCCUGGGGUUAGUCGGUUUGGGCAGAAUAGGCAGUGCUGUGGCCCUUCGGGCGAAGGUGUUCGGUUUCAAUGUUAGCUUCUACGAUCCCUACCUGCCGGACGGUAUCGAGAAAUCGCUUGGCCUGAACCGCGUCUACACCCUGCAAGAGCUGCUAUUCCACUCAGACUGCGUGUCGUUACACUGUACAUUAAAUGAACAUAAUCAUCACUUAAUUAACGAGUUCACGAUUAAACAGAUGAGACCCGGUGCAUUUCUAGUGAACACAGCCCGCGGCGGACUGGUCGACGACGAAGCGCUAGCCCACGCGCUGAAACAAGGCCGAAUCCGGGCGGCCGCGUUAGAUGUUCAUGAGAAUGAGCCAUACAAUGUAUUUCAGGGUGCCCUGAAAGACGCCCCCAACCUACUGUGUACGCCCCAUGCCGCCUUCUACAGCGAGGCAGCUACGACCGAACUGCGCGAGAUGGCAGCCAGUGAAAUCCGGCGGGCAAUAAUCGGCAAUAUUCCGGACUGUCUUCGGAACUGCGUGAACAAGGAAUACUUCCUACGAUCGUCGACGGGCGGCGGCGCCGGAGGAUACUCUGAAGAUAAAAAACUUAUAGCUGGUAUAAAUGGCGGCUAUUAUUCAGGUGGAUUACAACAAGCACAUAGUACAACACCGCUCGAGGCACCGCACAGUGCUGGAUCGCACGGGCCGCCCAGUGGCCCCCCGCCACCGUCAGUCGCCGUACCACCUGUCUCCGCUGUCACAGCGCCACCACCACAAGGUAUACAACAUUCUAUGGUCAGCAAAUCGCCUCUUAGUGCCCCCGAUCCAAGUAAUCAUCAUUCGGUUAAGCCGGAACCAUCGGAAGUACAUUAGUUUCAUUAUUACUAUUAUUAUGUAUGACUUAUUAUUAAUUACACAAGUAACAGUCCGGUUGAGAUGAGAAACAGUGAAAAAAGGCGAAAAGAAUUAGUAUGAGAACAGUUUUUUUAUUUGAGCGUAAGCAACAUGCAAACGUAACCCAUACACAAGCGAGGGAUUAAAACACAGAGAAAAAUACAGAAAAAUUAUAUAUUGAGGAUGAGAACACAAUGAGGGAACGAUAAUAAUUAUUAAUGAUAAACAUUGAAGAAAAUACAAGAAAAUGUGAGAAAUAAUUAUUAGUAAGAUGUGAGAAGUUACUGCAACAAAAAAAGUAUAAGCAAAUGAGAGAAAGUGAAUAAAAAGGAGUAAUACAAAAUAGUUUUAUGUAAGGAGAAAACUAUGUAUAGAAAUACAGGUGUAAACACAAACAAACAGACAGCCAUCAUCUGACAAAGAAAUGAAGUAAAUAACAGACGCAAUUUUGAGAAAAAAAAAGUUGAAGAAUAACCAUACUUUUUGCUUCCAACACAGACACAUAAAGUAGAGACAUCGAUGAUGGUUAGAGAUACCAUACCCACUGAUGCAACAGAUUAGACCGGUUACAUACAGACACACAUACAAACAAACAAACAAACACACUUAUAUGUUGUAGUGGUACAUUUAAAAUGAAUUGCUUCCUUUUUUGUUUUAAAACUCCUAAUGAUAAUGAAUUGGAUUAUAUUUUAUUUUUUCUCUGUAAGUAGAAGAACAGAAAUUCCUUUUAUUUUUUAAUGUAUGUAGGAGAUAAAAUGAAGUAACAAGAAGAAACAAAUAAUAAGCAGAAACAGGAAUACAUGAGUACGAGUGUGAGCAAAACGAUCGAGUAAUUCGGUACACAGUUGGUGAGAGUUAGUUAAUGACGAUUACGAAAAAGGAAAUGUCUAGUUUAGAUUCUGAGCAAAACAGACAAGGAAUAUAUUAGUGAUUGUCAUUGUAAGCGAAAUUUCUUUGUUUUUUUUCGGGGUCCUAAUUCUUGGCGGGAAAUGCCAUCCUUGUGGUCAACAACGGGCAUCGUGCGUUAUUGCACCAAGCGUGUCGUAUAGAGCUAAACUACCGUUAUACGCAUAAGAGUCCGGUGCAUAAGGAUUGCAUAGAACAUGGGACAGUUAUGCGUAUAACGGCAGUAACAAGCAUUACAUAAGCCCUAUAUAGCCGUUUUGGUGGAAUAUGGUGCUUGUAACGUUGCUUGACAAUUGGGAAGGAGGUCUUUGUCUAGCGGUUCGGGUAGUAUUCCAGUGUUCAGAAGUUUAAGAUGUGAGGUAAUAUUUACUCUAAUUUUCUUCCGAUGGGUAUCCUUCAGGUUCCACUAUAUAGUGCCAUAUUUCGAGUGCAUUUUUCAAAACUAUAAAUCAAAUCUGAUCUCUGCAUGCAUCUCGGAAUUGAGCUGGAUACAGAAAAAAAGGCUAGCAAGUAAUUCCACUUAGCAUCGCUGACACCCGGUUUGCUAACUGCGCUGGAGCUGAAGUUCGUUCCUCUUCCCAUGUCGGUUAAAUAUUUGUUUUUUUGUUUCAAUUGCAGCAAUUUAAGUCCCAGCCGUUCUCACUUGCUGUUUAAUUCAUCAAAUAGCGGGCUUCCUAACUGGACGAAAUGACCAAUUUCGGUCAAGUAUUUGAGGACCGGUUGCUUGAAUUUGACAUAUUUUUCUGAUGACUAAAUAGUACAGUUCUUCUACCUUCACUGAAUUGUUCUCCAAAUUCGCUUUACCCCUCCAUGUAUAGACAACCUUUUGCGAUCAUCCGGCUUCUGGCUUCCCAAGGUUUAGGAAUUAGGAACCACCUCCGCCGCUCCGCAGAGAAACGGAGUGCGGAUCAGCUAAGAGAAAUGUGACGACUAUAUAGAAGUAGAUGUAAAACCAAGCUAAUAAACGUGAGAAGAAAGUGAAAAAAAAACCAGAAGAAGAAAACACGAUCAGACAAACAAGUUUUAAUCUAAAUAAUAAGAACAGGAAAAACCCCCCUAACCGUAUGCUUUAAGAAUGUAAGUGAAAUUUGAUAAGAGAACAAAAGCAGACUGCAAACAACAACAAAAACAACAACAACAGCAACAAUGUCAACAAUUCAAAUGAAAUGAAAAUUGAACAAACUCAGUACACACUACAAAAAAGAGAUGAUGCAAACAUUCUUCUUUUUCACUCAGCAGCAGCAACAAGAACAUAAGCGAUUAGAGUGAUGAAAAAUUGGGAUUGUAUAAAACACGAUCUGUAGUUUCUUCCCAUUCGCAGAAGAGUAAAUCUUUCUUUCCCCAAACCCUGUAUAGUCCCAAAGACUGUAUAGUCCGAUUCAGAAAAAAAUACACACAAACAAACAAACAAAAUCUUCUCACUAUUCGUUCCCCUUCUACUAGAUUUGAACACGCGCAUUCAAUGUUCUGAUAGGAUGCAGCAAGCAGCAACAAAUAAAUUUAAAA